CAGCUGUCUGAGUUAAUUUGAGUUUGGGACAAAUUGAGCCUUUGUUGACGACUCAUUCAUUGCCUCUAGACCUUUCUCUUCAUUACCCAUCGCAAGAUACUUUUGUCUACCCAUGCUUCAACAGCCAUAUGCAAAGUCCACCAUGACCAGCAUCAAGAAGAACACCAAGUCCUUACCGGCGCUCUCGAGAGCUUCUCUGGCUCUCUCAAAAGGGGUAUCCUCCUUACCUCCAGAAUUACGACUUAUCAUCUGGACCGAUCUUGCCUUGCAGAUGACAUCCGAAGAAGCAGACGCCUUGAGGGGUCAUAUCACAUUCUCUUAUGUCACAGACAUCCACAAAUUCCUUGCUGAAGCCCACCCUAUACUCACGACAAGGUAUCGCGACGAGUACCUAGAAAACCUUUUCAGAGUCACGAGGUUCACCCCAGAGCUCUCGGAAUGGUGCCUCUCCUUGAGGGAGGUACUCAUGCGUGCGAACCGCCACGCAAGCCCCAGAUCAAAAGAGGAAGCUCGGUGUAUGGUAGCGGAGAAAUGCAUGAUUUACAACGAAGGCCUGACAAGAUGGAUUAAUCUCGCAAGUGUCCAUAGCGUCACAAGUGCUAUCGCACCCAUCAGUAUCAGACUGUGCAUGCCCUCAGGGACAGGGACUGCUCCAUGGAUGGCGUCACCGAGGGAUUACAAGCUUCUCAUCGAAGGUUGUCUCCGCACGCUCUUCAGAUUGGCCAAAUAUCUACCAGAAGGCAAGGUCUCUUUAGAGCUGGUCUUCAACGAUUACGAGAUGCGGUGGCGCACGGAGCACCAUAUAAUCGAACUGCCUAUUACGAUUGGAAGACAUCGCAGAAAUCGCGAGACCAGCUCGGCUUCGUUGAAAGAACACCUCGAAAUCUUCAACAAAGAACACCACUCCGUGAAGAUAAAUGUCACACAGUGGCUCAGCUGGCAUGCGGCCGUCGUCCUCUUUGUCGAAGAGAUCUUGGAGUACUCUGAGAGCCUAUCCAGUCCUCCUCUGACCAAUGCCAGUACAUCCGACAUCUCUGCUCUGUUUUCAGUAUCAGGCUCAGCGACUGUUCCCAUACCGAUGAUCUCCAUGUCAGCAAAUUGGGCUUUCCUCGAAAUGACACAUCGAUGCUUGACCGGCUUUGUCGCCAUCGCCUGUUGCUUAUUGUUCUUUUUCGGCGACAGGUUUUCAAUAUGACGGAAUUGCUGCCUUGCUUGAUGCUACACGUAUAAUCCCAUAGCCAUAAUAUAUAUCACGUUGUGAAUCUUGGAUGAUGCGAAUGUUGCUCGGGGCUGUCGAAGAUGGUCUCGACUUUCGCACGGUCCUGCUGUCUUGUGACGCGUCUUCUCCCCAACCACGAUCUAGAGCAACCUUUGAUUCUUACAAAAUCAAGACAUCUUUCAUACAAGCUCCCUAGUUGCCGCCAUAAGCCAAAAGACCGACUCCAUUCAGAUUUCUCGAGCUACCAUUGGAAAU